AUGUUCGACACAAAGCGAAACCGUGACGUCGACGUCGAGUCGGUGAACGCGUCGUCUCCGUCCACGUCGCGCCCGUCCUGGGUGCGACGAGAGCUGAAAAUCGUCGGACGAAUUGUCCCACCGAUCGUGGCGCAGUACGGAAGCCAACAGCUCGUGAUGGCGACGCAGUUGAUUUAUUGCGGGAACGUCUCGCGCCGAGCGUUGACGACGAUGACGGUGGCGUCGACGCUGUGGAAUAUGGUGUGGAUGCCGAUCACCGGAGCCGGGACGGCGAUGGAUGCGCUCGGGAGUCAGGCGCACGGGAUGCAAGACGCGCGGGCGGUGAAGAGCUGGGCCAUGUUGACGACGUUUUCGCUUCUGGCUUGGUGCGUUCCGGCGACCGCGUUCUUGGCGGGAUCGGAGAGCGUAUCGAAGACCUUCUUCCACGCCAAGAGCGAGGAUGCGGUGGAGAUUCGGAACUGCGCGCUGAUAAUGGCCUUGGGUCUGUGGCCGCUCGCGGUGACGCUCGGGCUGCAGAAGUACGCGAGCGUGCAAAACAAAGUCUGGGCCGUGGGCGCGACGAGCAUACUCACGUUAUUCGCCAACGUCGCAUUUCACGAGGCGUUCGUGCGGAGCGCCGGCGGCGGGGUGAUUGGAUCUUCGUGGGCGAUGGUAUGUUCGCGAUGCGUGAACUUGGUAUCCAUUUUGAUUUGGAUCGGCGUCGACGAAACGUGGUGGAGAGGGGGCGCGUUGGAGGAGCAUCGCGCGGCGUUCGCGGCAAUCACGAAAAAAAUGACCCAACGCGUGGCGCAACUGAGCUCGAGCGGCGUUCUCAUGGUUUUCGGCGAGGCGUUUGCGUUCGAACUCACGGUUGUUCUCGCGAGUCGUCUGGGCGAAGUCUCCCUCGGGGCGCACAUGGUCAUGCUCAACAUCGCGACGUUUACGUUCAUGUGCGGACCGAUGGCGUUCGGAACGUCGGCGUCGAUUCGCGUCGGGAACUUGCUCGGCGCCGGUGACCCGUGGUUGGCGAAACGCUCGGCCUGGCUCGUGAUCGCCAUGUCGAUGACGUUCAUGUUGUGUUGCGCCGUUACUAUUAUAACCGCCGCGAAGGAAAUCGCAAAGCUAUACACCGGGGGCGACGCGGACAUUACGCGCGAGCUCAUGCUCAUCGCCCCAUUCGGCGCCAUGUUUCAAAUAUGCGACGGUUUGCUCGGCGCGUGCAACGGCGUCUUGCGAGCGUGCGGGAAGCUCGCGCUCAUCGCGAAGAGCAACUUGGUGUCGCUCUGGACGUUCGGCGUCUUGUCCGCCUUUCUCUUCACCUACGUCGGCGACGCCGGCGUGCGCGGUCUGUGGUGGGGUCUCGCCAUCGGCGUCAUCUCCGCCGGAUCGUUUCUCGCAAUUUUGGUCGUGCGUUUAGACUGGACGCUCGAAUCCGAAAAGGCGAAGACGGCGGCGACCAACGUCGUUCGCGACGACCCCGACGACUCCGUCGCUCCCGAUCACGCCGACUCCGUCGCCGAGCUCACGUAG